ACACUUCGAACUCCAGGCUACAAAUUAUGAAUUUGAAUGAAAACAGGAUUUCAAAGUAUAUCCUAGUUUGCUAUGAUUCACUUAAUAAUUCUUGCCCAAAACAACUCUAUUCAGUUGACUAUUCAUUAAUAACAUAUAUAACGAUGUGCAUAAUCAUCGUUGUGACUGUAUUUGGAAACCUCUUGGUUGUUAUUACCAUAUCACACUUCAAACAGCUUCAUACUCCAACAAAUUAUCUCAUCCUCUCUUUGGCACUGGCUGAUUUACUUUUAGGGGGCUGUGUUAUGCCACCUCUCAUGGCUCGAAUUGCUGAAAGCUGUUGGUAUUUUGGUGAUUUUUUCUGCAAGUUUCAUCUUAGCUCAGCUAUAAUGAUUUGUACCGCAUCAAUCAUUCAUCUGUGUCUAAUAUCUAUUGAUCGUUAUUUUGCUGUGUGCCAUCCUUUAAGGUACAAAAAUAUUGUUACGGACCUUGUAACAUUCAUCUUUAUUGUUUUCACCUGGGUUCUGUCAGCUGUGCUUGGUUUUAUAAUUAUGUUUCUUGAGUUAAACAUAAAAGGAAUAGAAGACCAAUAUGUCAAUACAAAAUGUGUGGGAAGCUGUUAUCUAAUGCAAAAUGAAGUAUCAGGUCUUUCAUCAUCAAUACUUUCUUUUUAUAUCCCAGGGAUUGUUAUGAUAUGCAUUUAUAUAAAAAUUUUUUCAGUUGCUAGUAGGCAGGCCAGGGCAAUAAGAGACGCAGGACAUCAAUGUCACGAGGAACUAAAAAAGAGGGCUGCAUCAAACAGAAGAGAAACCAAAGCUGCAAAAACACUGGCAAUUGUGAUGGGAGUUUUUAUUGUCUGCUGGGUCCCGUAUUUCUUGUGCAACAUCAUUGAUCCCCUUUUGAAUCACGUUAUGUCUGAAUUAUUUACUGAGAUUUUAUUAUGGUUUGGUUACAUGAACUCAACAUUUAACCCUCUUGUGUAUGGUUUCUUUUACAGUUGGUUCAGAAAAGCCCUUAAAUUAAUUGCAACUGGCAAGAUUUUCCAAAACAAUUCAUCUAGAACAAAGCUUAUAAGUGACUAAAUGAUUACACCAAUAAUGCUGUUUAUAUGAAUUAGAGAAAACAGUAACACUUUUGUACAUUCUUUUAAAGCAUUGGUAAGCAUCCACAUAACAACAGCGCCUAGAAGAGGAACACCUCAUUUGAUUUUUCUUCUGAUUUCAUAGAAAUAGGUUUGUUUCUCUACCGAAAAAUGAUUAUUGACAAAUUAGUAUCUAAUUAUCAUCAUAUUAUUAUUGGAUUGUUUUAUUAUUUAAA